AUGGAGAACUAGCAUCAAUUCAUUGUACUUGUGUUAGGAGAUUGCAAUACUGGGAAAUCAACAAUAGUUGGGAGGUAUUUAGAGAACAAAUUGGUUGACCCACAACCAACAGUUGGAGUAGUUAAAAGAGAAACCUAAAUAGAUAUCGGUAAUGGCAAUUAGAAAGCUUAAGUAAUUUCUGGUCUAAUUAGAUAUAUGAUACAUCUGGGAGUGAGAAGUUUAGAGCCUAAAUUUUGUCUGAAUUCAAGAAUGCAUCAGCUGUUGUGUUGGUUUAUGAUAUCACUGAUUAUCAGAGUUUUUAAAAUGUCUAGACUCUACAAAAAGGUAUUUAGCAGAUUUAUCGCGAAUUAGAGGUCAUAAGAUAGAAUCCAAAUGUAGAUUAUUGGAUAGUUGUAGGAAACAAGUUGGAUUUGAAAGAGCAAAGAAAAGUCCAUGUUGACGAGGGAAAGAAGUUUGCCUCAUAGAUUGGGGCUAGAUAUAUAGAAUGUUCAGCUUAACAACCAAGCAAUAUCAAUUUGAUCUUCUUAACUAUUUAACAAUGGACUUAGAUUAAUAUUUAACCGAAAUAUGUCCCAGAGUAAACUCAAAGACUUCUUGAGAAAUUAAACAACGAUGAAUAACAAAAGCAAUUGUAGACCUCUUCUUCAAAAAACAAUUAAACCAAAUUCAAAAAUAAGAAUACAAGUUUCUCUUUGAUUUAGAACAAUACAAAUAAUAAUAUAGUUUCGUCGUCAUUUGAUGAUUAAUAAAAUUCAUUUAAUGGAGAUGGCAUGUAAGAUUAUUUUGCAUAAUUAUUAAGAAAAACAGAUUUGUAGACUCAAAAAGUAAAUUAAUGAUAUUAUUAAGUUAGCUGAUGUGAUUGUAGAAGAAGCAUAAGAUAAUGUGAUUUAAUCUUUGAGAUAAUAGACCCUUGCCAUAUCAAACUCUAAACCAUUAUAUAUUCUUGAUGAUGUCAAUUCCCAAUUAUAAGAAAAAAAUGAAUAUAAAAUAUCAAUGAUGAAAAAGAAACAUAAAUAAUUAGAUAAAUUAAGAAAAGAAAUAGCUUAAAACCUGUUACUUGUGUAGGAACAAAGGAAGAAGCUCUCAACUGAUUAAGUUAUAGAGAACACUUAAACUUAGAAGUUAGAGAAGGAAUUGCAAAAGAGAUUAUUGAGUGUAGAACGAAAUAUGGAUUUUUUGAAAACUGACAUCUUACUCUAGUAAAAAACCUCGAAGUUUAGCAUUAAUAAAAAUAAUUUCCUGUCAAAUGACUAAUCGCAAAUCCUCAAAUAACAUAUUAUUUCAAUUCAUAAUCCUGAACAUAUUAAGGAGUAGAAUGAAUAAAUUGCUAAAAUUAAAAAUGAAAGGAAGAAACUGGAGGAGUAAAGAAAUAAUAGAUAUAAAUAAUAUGUUGAUAAUUUAGAAGCUCUAUAAAAAUAAGAAAAAGAAAUGAGGCUAAAGAACGAAUAAGACUUAAUACAGAAGAGAAAAGAAAAAGCUAUGUAGAAAAUAGCUUCAAUGGAUAAAUUAAGACAAGAACGAUCCUAAUAAAUGAUUAAGUAAAAUGAAUAGGUUAAAUAAAUUAUUGGAACAACACCUUUGCAUGUUAAAUUGGAAAAUAUAUUCUAAGAAAAGAAUAACAACUCUUAAUUAGAAGAACACAAAUUAAAAUUGAAAUAAAUCAGAGAUCUGCAUUAACCUAUUAGAAUGAAUGACCUAAAAUAAUGGGAAGAAAAUUACGAAAAGAGGAGGAAAUCACAAGAGGAGAUAAGAAAUUAAAGGAUUCUAUAAAAUAAUCAAGUAUCUUAUCAACCUUCUUAUGAAUCCUCCAUUUAUAGAUAAGUAAAAGAACAAUAAUGUAAAUAAUUGAAGGAGAAGGAAUUAACUCACAAAGAGUAUCUAUCAAAGUAAUAAGCUAAAUAAGAAUUUUUAAAUAAACUUAAGGAUUAUCUUCCUUCUAUUAGUCCUGAAAAGCAAUAGGAAUUAGAACAAAUAAUUAGUAAAGCACAUCACAAAAUCGAUUUCUAUGAAUUCAUUGAGAUGACAAAAAAAAUAAAAUUAAAAGGAGUGUUCUUUGAUAAAGAUGGAAAAAUUCUAGAAAGAAAUGUUGAUGUAAAAUUCUUAUGUAAAUAAGAUAGGAAGAAUAUUAUGAGAAAAUAAAAGAAAACGAAAGGAAUGAAGAAUAAAGUGCUAAAACAAUAGGAAAUAAGUAUCUAAAUGAUGUACGGAGAAUCAUCAAAAAACCAAGUUAACAUGAAAGUGUUGAUAAAUUAUAAAGCUAAUCUAAUCCAGAAUAGGGUUAUUAAUAAGCUGUUAGAAAUCCUAAAUAAAAUAAGUUGAAUGAAAUCAAAUCACAUUGGAAAUUAAAACCAAAAGUGGUUUUUGAAGAAACAGAUCUUGAAAAGAUCAUAGAUGGUAAUGAAGGUAACACUAUCAAAUAUUGAAGUGGCUGGAUUCUCAAAUCAUCAUGUUAUGCAGGAGGCAAAUAAACUAGCAUCUGAAGCAGUCAGAAAAAUAUAGAUUAUAGAGGCAAAGGGAGAAGGGAAAGAAUGCUUUAAGGAUAUAGAAUCGGCAGAUAAAUUGUUAAUUAAUUCCAUUAAGGUUGAUAUUUGAUACAUUAAAUUUUAGGCUAAGCUAUCUUUAAUGGAUAAGGAAAUCAAAUCUGAAAACAGAGGUAUAUAAAUAUCUUCUAACAAGAAGAGAGGAAGAAGUAAUACUAAAUAGCAUGUAUGA